CUGUGGCUUCGCUCUUUCGUAGGUCUGACUGAGCGGCUUUCUCGGUCAUUGGUAGUUAGAGCUGAACCCGGAGCGAAACUAGCUGAAGUAGAAAACAAGAGGAAGAGGCUCUAGAAAUCCCCUAACACCUUCACCUCCGCUGAUAAAUGCCUCAGGGUCCAACAUGGUCUGUGGAGGAUUCACUUGCUCAAAAAAUGCCCUCUGCUCUCUCAACGUUGUUUACAUGUUGGUGGGGCUGCUGCUGAUUGGUGUAGCCGCUUGGGGGAAGGGCUUUGGGAUUGUAUCCAGCAUCCACAUCAUCGGAGGCGUGAUCGCCGUGGGCUUUUUCCUGCUGCUUAUCGCCAUUGUGGGCCUCAUUGGAGCCGUCCAUCACCACCAAGUCAUGCUUUUCUUUUACAUGGUCAUUCUGUUCAUAGUCUUCCUCUUCCAGUUUGGUGUGUCCUGCUCUUGCCUGGCCAUGAACCCAGGCCAGCAAAAAGUGGUGCUAAACUCUACAUGGGGAAUGAUGAGCAAUGGGACUAGGGGAAACUUGGAGACUGAGCUGGACUGCUGUGGCCUUUUCAACAACACCGAGAAUCAUGCCCAGUUUGAAGUUGAUGUGUCCAUUUGUGUUGCUUCUUGUAAACCCACCUGCCCCACUUGCGGAAAGAAAAUGCUUGAUCAUGCGUCUGAGGCCCUGAGGAUCCUGGGUGGAGUCGGCCUCUUCUUCAGCUUUACUGAGAUUUUGGGAGUUUGGCUGGCCAUGCGCUACAGGAACCAGAAAGACCCCCGGGCGAACCCCAGCGCUUUCUUAUAGUGUCCUGGCCUCCUCCUGUCCCACAAUGCAGUAGAGUAGACAAGUGAUUCCAAUUCCCUUUACACACGUAGAACGGAACAUACCUAGAGGCACUCAGGCAUUCAGCACGGACUUCAAACCCAACACAGACUAACGCAGAGGAAGUGCACACUGGCAUGCUGGACUCAAUACACCAUCGCACAGAUUUUUACGGUUUGAAGUGUUUUUGAAGGUGCCGGAGAGUUGGAGCACUAUUUUAAAGCAAGUGUAUUUCCACUGUAGAAUCUGGUCAUUUUUAGCCUCCUCCCCCUAAAAUUGAACACAAAGGUCACUUUCCGAAUAAGCAGAAGCUGGACGUCUCAUGUAUGAUAGGAUGACAUUGAUAUUUGUUUAUGGUACCACCCCAUCCUUGAUUUGAGAAAUGCGUCCCAGACUAUGUAUGCAAAAAUGAGAAUUAGCCAUGUAAAGGCAUUAAUGUCUGCAUGCUUGUAGCCAUAUACUACAGCUGUCCUGUGUUUUUAUAAUGUAGAAAUGGCUCUUAAUACAGCAGAUCCUUAGUCCUUACAUGCUUUCUCUAGUUUUACCAUUACUGAGUAAAUCACUACACCGUUUUGACUUUAGCGCUGACGCUGUUAGUUUACGCUCAUAGUGGUUGAUGAGUUAGUCAUGGUCAGUUCCAAUGUUCUGUGUUCCAAGUGCAACAUCAUUCUGGACUCGCAUAAGCAAACAGAGAACUUUGCUGUGCUUUUGAGACUUGUCUUGGUGAGGUGAGCCAUCAUUCCAGAUGUUUUUGGGGGGUUUUAGUUUAGAAAUUAGGUUUUUAGUGUGAAUAUUUAAGAACCUUGUGUAACUGAGCCAUGUGGAUGGAACGAGUUCCUCUGCCAGCAGACUGCAGCCCUCGUGUUGUGUAUAUACUUGUUUCAGUGACAGGGUUGGUUUGCUUACUCACUUUUUCACCUUUUCACACCUUCCCAGGUUGAUCUUAGGUUGAAGCUGGCCUCUGGGCGAGGUACGACCCGCACUGGAAUUUUAACACUUUCCUUUUUUUGUGUUUAUCCGUAAUACUCUGAAAGUUUUUUUUCUUUUUUUUUGUUUAUUAGGGAAAUUUAGAAAUAUUGUGAGUUCUCAGCUUGCGUGUGCAGUAGCUUUGUCCAGUGCCAUCAGUUUGUUUAAUCCAAACUUGUCAUGUCUCCUCGUUUUUGCCUCUUUUGUGAAAAUCAAGCUCUUUGUGCAUUAUUUUUAUUUCAGAACUGAAACUGAAGCCAGAAUCGCUUAAUUUCAGCAUUUUUGCCAAUUUGAAAUUCUCCAUGCUGUUUGUUUGUAAGGGGGUAGAACGCAUUUCAAGGAGCUGGAUGAGGGGUCCCUUGCUUACUGUUUGAAGUUAUUACUUCAGUGUUUUCUUCUGUUUGCUCCUACUAUGUUUGUUUUUGUCUUGCCAAAUUAUUGUUGUAUAUCACACUGUGCUAUUUGAGUUUUGCACCGUUUUCUCCUUUUACGUUUAGAAGUAUUAAUGUGGCCAUUCAAGUCUUUUUUGGUUCGUUAAAUGCCAAUCUUUGUCAUAAAAGAAUAAGUUAUUUGUAUAUUGUUUACUAGGUAAUCAUGAGUUUGCUAAUCUACCUUUCUGUUUGUUUGCAUACAUUUUGCCGGUAUUCAGUUAUUUUUAUUGAUAGUCAGUCUUAACUCUCAGUUUCUUAACUGCUUAAAUCCAGGUGCACGUCUAGCAGUGCAGCCUGAUCCGCUGGGUCUUGGAGGCUGUGUGGAUGUGUUUAUUUUAAGUCUAAUUCUCACUUCACUUACAUUAAGGAUGCACUGACUUCUCACUCACUAUAGUUACUGGUAUUGUGUUUUGACAACAGAUUCCUCUGUACUACAAAUAUUGGUGUCGCCAUUUACAACUUAUUUAAUUUAUGAGCAAGUUAUGUCCUUAUUCUUGGAGCUCUGUCUGCACCUGCACCCCCUGUCCCUGGACUUUCCUUGUAUUUUUGAAACUGAUUUUUUUCCAAUUAAAACAUCUUGGAGCAAAUUA